UAGGAUAGCUCACAAUGGAAACAGCACGCACCUGAUAUCGGCGUUUUAAGACACACCGUGUAUAAAUUCUAUAUUACUGGAAUGGAAAACCCAACACAAGCGCAUUGAAUUUGCAUUGGAAAGCUCAGACAGCUUCACAUUUAUCCACCAGCCGAAAGUGCCACUGCACUAAUGGAGGACAAGAGGAAGAAAAGGAGUCCCAAAGUGUCCCUUCCCCAGCCCCCUCCUCCACCGAUCAACCCACGGAGGCUCUCUGUUCUCCCGGCGAGUAAGAGUGCCACAUUCUCGCUGGGUCUGCUGCAGCCUCCCUCCCCCAAACCCAGGGGCAACUACAAGAGAUCGGUGGGGGCAAUGGGUCCAUCUAAAGAAGCACUUGCUGUUCCCAUGGUUCCCCCGAAAAACACAAGGCCUCACAGAGAGAAACCCAGAGCACCUCAGCCUGCUGGGCCCAGCUGUGUGUCCCAGUCCUCCUCACCCCUCCAGCACUCAUUCCUCACAGACGUCUCUGAUGUGAGAGAGAUGGAAGGAGGACUCCUCAGCCUGCUCAACGAUUUUCACUCAGGAAAACUGCAGGCUUUUGGAAAGGUGUGCUCAUUUGAACAGCUGGAGCAUGUGAGGGAGAUGCAGGAACGUCUUGCCCGACUGCACUUCAGUCUGGACAGUCACGUGGAGGAGCUGUCCGAGGACCAGAGAAAAACUGCAUCAGAUCGCAAUCUGGAACACCUGCUCUCUAAUCUGGAGGAACUGAGCAGCUCGAUACAGAAACUCCACCUAGCAGAAAAUCAAGAUUUGCCCAAGACCUCCAACACCUGAGUGGAAAGCCAAACCUAGCUGACCAUCAAAUCACUGUGCAGCCCAAAACCCAAGUUGCCAUGGCUACAACUAAACUGCAAGAGCUAAAAUCAUUGGCAUCAUAGUGAUCAUAAACGAUGCUAUAUAACGACAGCAGCAUCAAAGCACAUCCACCUUCUGAAUGGAAUGAAAUGUCAUUUAUUUUCUUUCAGAUGAUCCUGAUCUUAGCAUUUAAAUAGGAAAACUAAGGUUACAUAGAUUUUUUUUUUUCAAUAGGCCCUGACAGCUAAACGGGGCCCCUUUUUUCUUGCAGCCUAUGUUUGUUUGGACAGAUAGUAAUUGUAGUUCAGUUAAGAAUGAGCUAAUUUCAAAGGUUCUUUUAGCACUGGUAAAAGUUGGCUCAGCUAAACAGAACUUAAUCGAUUCUAUAAUUCUUUGAUCCUCGCUGACAGAAGUGAGUGAGACGACAUUUACAUUAUCAUUAAAUAAGCACAUAAAUGAUUGAGUUUUAUUUUAUAGUUGUUCAUUAGUGGUCUCUGGAAUGAUGUUGUAAAUGGCUGUGGAGCAGCUGUAAACUCACUCAGGACUGCUUUAGACCGUUGAUCUUAGUGCCUCUUCUCAGUAUGUACAUUACAUUGAUUUUUUUACAUUAAACUCUCCAUGGGACCCUCCAAAUGAUGGACCUGGGCCUUUUUGUAGAUGUUUGUAUUUGGAAUAGACUUACAUUUAUUUAAAACAACAUGUUAUAUACCUUGUUUGUAAACUAGUUAGUUUUAACUAGCUAUUUAAUGUUGUUCAAGGAACAGUCUGAUAGAAGUUAUUUGUUUAUUCUUGAUUAUGCUAAAGACAAUGUACAGUAUUUGUGUAUAUAAAGAAUAAUGAAAGCAUGUCAUGCAUUUCCGUUUCAAAAAUGAAUACUAGAUCGUUGAUUGCAUGGGGAAUCCUGGAACUGGAGACAAUUUGAUUCUAGAACUCCUCUGAGCACAAGUUUGUAUUUAAUAAUAUAUAAAAUGCCCCAAAGCUCAAUAAAUCAAGGCAUCCCUGCAGUCUAAAAUAGGUCAAGGUAGUUCUGACAGUCUUCAGUGGUGCAUGUACAACAGCUAAAAAUGACUGCUGUGACAGACACAAACAGGAUUGUAUUGUACAUUAUACAUACAUAGUACAACCUCACUUAUUUCACUAUGACUACCAGUCAUUUUUUUUGUCAUUUUACAAAUGCUUCAGUGAUAUAACUUCAGCACAGCAUAUGGACAGGUUUAAGUAAGAGCAAAAGAUCUGCACAAGUUUGAAGUUAAUCUUUCAUCAUUCAGUAAUUCCUCUGCAGCUGACCUCCGCUAUGCCUACCUCCAAAUCUCACAGUAGAGAUUCAGAACUGCUGCCUUGAGGGCAGGUCUGUGUUUUAAUUAAUAUUAAACAGGGAUGGAUGCAGACCAGGGUCUGGUCCUGGAUCAGCAUUUCCAGGCUGUUCCCUCUUUCGUCAUUGCCUGAGUCUGAAGCAUUACAAAAACUUGCAUUUGUAGUCUUGUGGACUUUGAUUAUUUUAAUAAAGAAAAAAUUAUGUGUGCUUUUUUUUUUUUUUUUUGUCCAUGUCUCUUUUUGUUU